AAGAGGGUGGACAAAAAAAAAAAAAAGAAAGCAGAGGAAACUACUCCUGUUUACAACAACAUAAUGGAGCCAAAAUGGUCAAAUAUCAUCUGCAAGCGUGUGUUAUUGACUGGAUUUACGCUAUGUGUUGUAUUAGCUACGAAACCUUCGUCGGCGAUCGACAUCCACGCCGCCUCCGAGGUGAUGAUGCAGAACGGGACCACAGGGACCCUCCGGUGCACCUUUAAGUCCAGCGAGGUGGUGAGCAGCUCCACCUCGGUGACCUGGAGCUUCCAGUCCAGUCAGCCUGACAACCAGUUCUCCAAAGCUCCGUACACGAUUUUCUACUUUUCCAACGGGAAAGGGUUCCCGGGACACAUCGAGUUCAAAGACAGAGUUCAGUUUAUUGGAGACAUAAACAAGAGGGACGUCUCGAUACAGCUGAACCCGGCUCAGUUCAGCGACAACGGGACCUUCUUCUGUGACGUGAAGAACCCGCCGGACGUGACGGGGACGCCGGCACGAACGGAGCUCCGGGUCGUUGUCAAAGAAUCUCUCCCUCAGAGCAACACCGCCAUUAUAGUGGGAGCGGUCAGUGGCGCUUUACUUCUGCUUGUCCUCAUCGCUGUGGCUGCCUGCGUCACCAUGAGGGUUCUUCACAACCGCCAUGAAUAUGAAGGAUGUACGUCCUUGGAGAGCGUGAGCUCUCAGGCUCCCAAACCACGAAAGAAGGUGGAGUCCAGCCUGGAGGUCUCCAGGUCUACCGAUCCCUCGGGUCCACUACAGGGCCCGGUGAUAUACGCCCAGUUGGAUCACUCAGGCAGCAAAACCUCAUUCCACAAGAACGAGCCAGUGGUCUACGCUGACAUUCGUAAAAACUGAAGAGGAACAGGGGACCAAAAAAACAAAAACCUAAAAUAUAAACACAGUAAAGUAUCAGACCUCUCGAUCAGCUGCUCUUUGGGAAGGGUGGGAAUAUAUUUCAACAGGGACAAAAAUCGGUGCAGUUUCUCUUUUCCUUCUCUUCAUCUUCUUGUCCUCUGAAAGCAUGACGUCUCCAUGUGCUUUUAUUGUGAAGGCAGAAAAAAAAUCAAGCUAAGAAAUUGAAUGGACACUCCCAUCAACAUUGUUCUCAGUAAAAAUUAAGAAUGCUUUCAUCGAUAUCAUUCCACAUAUACAGAUGUUUUUAUUUUGAUCUUUUAUUUUGAAGGGUCUGCAGCCUGUUGCACCAGCUGAACUUUGACCUCAAGUGUUAACUCAAACUAAACCACUGAUACGUCGCAGCUAAAUCAACACUAAGCAAACGUAAGCCAGCGUUACUGACUAGUGAAGGACAGUUAUCCUCUUAACUUAAUACAACACGCGUUUGUCCGACUAACAUCACCUUAUUAUUUAUCGACUACUUCUCUGGUGUUUAUUUACUGAGCUGGCAUCAAUAAAAGUCUUAAGAGCCAAAGUGUAAACCUCAACAGUUACAAGUUUCUGUUAUAAACAACAUACUAGAAGUUGUGGGAAGCGGCAAUUCCCACCUCCUGUGAACGCACCUCAAAAUCACACGUGUUAUGAGUCAUACACUAUGAGUUAUAGUGGAGUGAUAUCUAUCUGAGUCGCUCUUCCUCUGUGCUUUUUUUCAUGCUUUAUGUGCAUGUUAGCGCGCCGCUGGUUAGCUCACGUGCGCUGCUUUCUGUACAAAGCUUUUGAUGACUGAAGCUGCGUGAAGUCUGAUAAAUUGUCUCAGUUGGGGCCUGAGAAAACAUGUUAUGUGUGUUUACUGUACUGUACUGUUGCAGGGUAGAGGCUACAUUAGCUGGUGCAUUGUGGGUAAUUCGGCCACCAGGUUUUGAAAAGGAAGGAAAAAAAUACAUGACAUAAAAAAAUGUUCCUCUUAAUCAGUGCAGUGUCCGUCCAGCAUCACACCUGCUUCAAAGUUCUCUUAAACUCCAAACUCUUGACUAACUCGUAUAGUGAAGCUGGUUUCGGUGAAAUUAAAGCCCAACUCUUUAACUGACAGUCCAGCUGACCUACGUUUGAAUUAACACAAAGCCGGUGCAACAGGCUGCUGCAGCCACACUCCAUCUCCACCGUUGGGCACUUCCAUAGUGAUCUUGUUUUGUUCGAGGUGAAUAGAUUUUCUUUACGUUGCCUUCAGUAACUUUGCAUGCAGUUGUAACAACAAUCUACAGAAGAAAACUUGGUACUCUUCAGACAGAAGACGCUGUCUGACGUUGUGUUACUGUGAAUGCUUCAGUUUACUGUACAGACUUCUGGCAUGUUGUUGUGGUACCGUUCUUUAAAAAAAGACACUGCCUCCCAUCUGAUUUUCACCUCAGUGGAACAUCUUUAACCAGUUUGUUUCCUUGAGUGUCUGUUUUCUUUUUUUAAAGUGCUUAUGAACAAAAAGAGGCAAUGCAAGUAGAGUUUUCUGUUCUGCAUCACACUUAAAAACGUCUUUCUGCCCGUUUGUAAGUGUGAUCCGAAAGAAUUUAAAAAAAAGUGUUUGUUAUCUGGGCGUUUUGUCAGCGUAGUUUUGAGUAAUUUAGUAAUAUGCGUCAACACUAAACGUUCAGCUGAGGUGAAAUAUCUUCUCUGAAAACCGGGAGCUCUCAUUUGUUGUAAAAACGAAUGAUAAAUACACUGUUUGCAUGCAAUUUACUAACAUAACAAUCAUAAUUAUGAAAAUAUCCAUCUAUUUUUUCCGUCUUUGUAUCACGUAAAAUCUCUUUUUUGUUUCCAAACUAAUGGGCCAAAUAUCUAAUGUCAACAGUAAUAUUAAAAACGGUUCUUUCCGAUUGCUUUUAAGCUUUAAAAUGCAUUCCAAAUGUAUGUUUUUUUUUUUUUUUUUUUUACUCAGUUUGAAGCGUUUAAAAACCAAAUUUAUGUUGUAAUUCAGUUUGUUAACAGUGUGGUCACCCAUGAGAAUGAUAUUUGUGUUGCAACCAAGUCUUAAUGCCUAAAGCUUCCGCUUGUGAUUCCGAAUGCAGUAAAUUUCCAUGUUGACCAGUAUUUGUAAAUAUUUCUUGCUCCUGUAAGAUAUAGUGCUGUUUACUGUAACUCAUUCCAGGGUGGUUUGGCUGUGGAUGUCUUUCCAAAGGAGGAAAGUUGUUUGCUGUAGAGGUCUAGAAAGUUGGUGGCAUGCUCGAUGUUUUCUCUCUUUUUUUGUCUUUAUUAUUAUUUGUCAGCCAACACUCCAACGUGUACAGUGCCUGCAGGGAGUGUUGAGCCGGGUCGAUUUAAAAAUGGCGUGAAUCAAACUUUCUUUAGUUUUAAAGUGUGCACAAAAUAAAACUGAAAUAACGUGACAUUUCUUGAGCUUUUAAGACCUCGUUUGUAUGAAAUCCAAAAAUAUUUUCUUGGCCACUUGGGGGCAGCAGAAACAAAUUGUGAACA